AUGGUGACAUACACGGUGACAGUAACUACUGGAGAUAAGGUGUGGCAUGGCACAUUUGACCACAUCUUCAUCACCCUCUAUGGGACGGAGGGAAAGAGUCAACGCAAGAAACUCAAUGAAUCACCAGAGAUGAGCAGUGGUGUGGAAAAGGAAUACACAGUGAAGUGCCGAGCCAAUCUGGGUAAAGUGAUCCUGAUUAGCUUGGACAAGGAGCAGUAUCUUUUUUUGCCGGAUCAAGACUGGUGGAAAGAGCUGAUGAAGGGUCUCCCUCACUGCUUGGCAUUAGAGGACCCAAAGGCGCUCCCUGCUGAAUUUCAUUACUCCCUUGACAAGCGCGUGGACUUGCGGUUCACCACCACGAUUACGAUGGCUGAACUCAAGAUUAAAUUCCUGGCAACCAGCAAGAAGCCGUGGGGCAAGCUGGAUGAUAUAAAACAAGCCUUCUGGGCCUACAGGACUAAAACAUUUGACUAUGUGACCCAGCACUGGAAAGAGGACGAGUUCUUUGGCUACCAGCUUCUCAAUGGUGCCAAUCCCAUGAUGAUCCAAUGCUGCAAGGUGCUUCCACAAAAGUUUGCAGUCACUCUGGAGAUGGUGACUCCCUUUUUGGAAGGAAGUAUGCUGCCAAUGGAAAUAGAGAAUGGCAAUAUCUUCCUGUGUGACUAUUCCCGACUGGCUGAGUUGCCUCCAAAUGUCAUCAACAUGCGACCUCAGUACGUCCCAGCACCCAUCUGCCUGCUGUUCAAAAACAAGCAGAACAAGAUGUUACCCAUCGCCAUCCAGCUCCAGCAGGAGCCUGGUGAAAAAAACCCGGUGUUCUUGCCCAGUGAUGAAGAGGAGGCCUGGCUCCUGGCCAAGACACAUGUGCGGGCUGCUGACUUCAUUGAGCACCAGUUCAACUUCCAUUUGCUGCGCACACACCUUCUGGCAGAAGCCUACAUCAUCGCAACACUCCGUAAUCUCCCCUCAGCUCACCCCAUUUACAAGCUGCUGAUUCCACACAUGCGUUUCACACUCUAUGCCAACACUCUUGGCCGAGAGAAACUAAUCUCUGAGAAGGGAGCCAUCAGUAUGUACACAUCCACAGGUAGCACUGGCAUGGUGGAGGUGAUGAAGAAAGCCAUGGAUGACCUGAAGUACAGCUCUCUCUGUCUGCCAGAGGACAUCCGUGAACGUGGCCUGGACAAAGUGCCCAAGUUCUACUACCGAGAUGACGGUCUGCUGGUGUGGGGUGCCCUCAGCAAGUACGUGGAGGCUGUUGUAGCUGUGUUCUACCCCUCUGUCAAGGAGGUUCUAGAAGAUGAGGAACUGCAGCACUGGAUCUCAGACAUCUACAAACAUGGCUUCCUGGAGAAGGCCAGCACUGGAAUUCCCGAUUCUUUCAAAUCAACCGAAGAGGUUGCCAAGUUUAUCACUAUGGUAAUCUUUACCAUGACGGCACAACACUCUGCUCUGAACAAUGGAAAUUUUCAUUUUGGGGGCUGGCUCCCCAACAGUCCAAACUCACUGCAGCCUGAAGUGCCAGAAAGCAAAGAUGGGAUCACAGAAGCUGACCUCCUGAACACGCUCCCCGACAUCAACACCUCUGUCUGGGGCAUGGCCAGUGCCUGGAUCAGCAGCAAGAAGGGGGGAGACUUUGUGUGUCUGGGCCAACACUCUGAGCAGUAUUUCUCUGAGCCAGAGGUGGUCUCCCUGACUGACCAACUGAAGGAGGACCUGAAGAAAAUCACUGAGAAGAUAAAGAAGAGAAACAAAGACAACAAGUGGCCCAACACCUACCUGGAUCCAAAGAAGGUGCGCCAACACUCUGACAAGUACCUCUCUGAGCCGGAGGAGUUCUCCGAAGAACUGAAGGAGGAUCAGAAGGAGAACAUAAAGGAGAACAUGAAGGAGAAGUUCCUGAAGGAUAAGAAAGAACAAGAUGAAGAAGAAGAGAUAAAGCUGCCCUACAUCUACCUGGACCCAGAGAAUAUAGAAAACAGCAUUACUAUUUAA